UGAAAGUAUUUAAUGUAUAAUCGUUUCAUUUGACUUCUGUGCCCAACUUUCUGUUUACUUUUGACUUUUAAAUUCAAUACAAACUGAUGUCAGGCUAUUUAUUACAGGCCCAAGAAGGCUUCUAUUCCGUAAUACGUUGGGUCGAUUUCAAAGUGAAGAGGCAAAAUUUCUUAGGGCUGAGAAGAAUGUAAAAGAGUUAAAUCUAUCUGUUGAUUUGAUGAAAAAGGAGAGCAGUAAGCUGCUUGAAAGGGCAACUCUUGCAGAGAAAAUGGAUAUGAAGCAUGGCCAUGAAGAGCUCUUGAAUACCGGAGGUCGAAUUCACCAUCUCGCCAAAUCAGUUUACAAGGUUGAGGCUGAAGCUGCAGAUUUGAUGGAUGGACUGCGAGAAAUCCCUGGCAGGGACGCAUUGAAACUACGAGCAGAGGUUGCUUCGAUUGCAUCGCAGCAGAGGGUUUCACUUGACAAAAGGGUGAGGAAGAUAUCUGGAUUGGGGAUGCCCGUUUGAUUGGAAGUAUCUUUGAACUGAUGCUGCAUUUUAUAGAUCCCAUGUUACUCAUCGAGCUCGAAUAAAAUUCGGUCAAAAUAAUAAUACAAGUACAAUUUUGAAUUUCGUCAUACAGUCAUUUUCCCCACUUCAUUUUUUGAUAUGUAUGAUUCUAG